CCUCCACCUGUCAGCGUUUCCCUCCCAAUUGCUGACCUCGCGCGGCCAAUCAGAUUCCACCUCGAGCUCCCGUGAAACCAAUGAGGGCGCGGCUUCCGCCCGGCGGAACGAGGGGUUGUCGGGAUAAAAACUUUGCCGUGGUGCAGGUAAAAGUUUCGUGAGGAAGCAGGAGGGAGGGGACAGAGGACAGAAAAGUGUAGCAGUCCAGCAGCCAGCAUGAGCGACGUCGAGGCACAGAGUGCUCCGCCACCAGAGGAAGAGAAACCCCAGCCGGAGAGGAAAGUCAUAGCCACAUCGGUCCAAGGCACGGUGAAAUGGUUCAACGUGCGUAAUGGCUACGGCUUCAUAAACAGGAAUGACACUAAAGAGGACGUCUUUGUUCACCAGACUGCAAUCAAGAAGAACAAUCCUCGCAAAUUCCUUCGCAGUGUUGGAGAUGGAGAGGUUGUAGAGUUUGAUGUAAUUGAAGCAGCCAAGGGCUCGGAGGCGGCCAAUGUGACGGGUCCGGGCGGCGUUCCGGUGAAAGGCAGCCGUUACGCGCCCAACAAACGGCGUUUCCGACGGAGGUUCUUCCCCCGCAGUCCCCGGCCCGGUGACCAGAGUAAGCUACCUGAUGGCCAAGACCCUGCACCUGAGGCCGACAGAGCCACAGAAAGUGACGCAGAAAGGCCUCAGCAGCGGCGCCGCAGGCUCCGCAGACCCCGGCCACAGGCACAGAAUGGUGACAUUGGGGAAGAGAAGGAUGGCGUUGCCGAGGGCGACCCGUCGCAGCAGAGGCCUCCACGCCGCAGGUUCUGGCGCCCGUAUCGCAGACCCUUCCGCCCACGGCCGCCUCCUGAUCAGUCGGCAGACGACCAGAAGCCGCCUGCUUCAGAGGACGCCGCUGAGCAGGGCGAGGAGAAGCAGCUGGAGGCCCCCGAGGGCCCGCAAACAAACGGAGAGACGGCAGACGACCAGGGCCUGAAACAGCGCCGCCAAACCAGGAGACGCAGGCAAAGACAGUCCGAGUCCUCUACCUCCAAAAAUGAUACAGAGAAGUCUGCGUCAGAACCUGGAACCCCACCUCCGACCUCAAAAGAAGCUGACCUGAAGGCUGCAUCCAGAUCUCCAAAGACCUCCCCAAAAACCCCUCCUCAAAGAGCCGAGUCACCAGAGCAGGCAGCCGCCACAACAGUCGAAGCACCAACAGAGUCCUAGGGUUGGAGGGCUGGACCUAUGCACUGCUCUCCCCCUCCCUGCACUCACCCUCCAACCCGCCUCGUCUCACUGUCACCCCUCUGACCUCUCGUCUUGUGUUGUCCCGUCUAGACACUCACAUUUUGGAGAGCAACUGAGUGGAGAACAAGGGGGCAUACUGGUUGGUGCAAAUUUGGAAGAGAAAUGCAUCUUUAAAAAAGGAAUGGACAACCUGCUUGGUAGCCCAGUUAUUCCAACCCCUCUUAAAAGAACUUUUCUUUAAUUGACCAGAUGGGGUACAUCGAGUGGUUUACAGGAACCAGCCUUGUGUUUUAUUUAGCUUUUUAAUUUGAUUGAAGGGAAACCCAAGCAGGUGUGCUGUUAGUGGUACGAAAUGGGAAGUUAAGUUCUGUUACCACCAGAAUCGGCUCCUUUCAUCUCCUCAGCUAAGGAUGGAUUGAUGAUAAACUUUAUUUCCUGAGUUUUAUUUGUGCUUUUCUUUAGAGGGGAUUAUGUGCAAUCUCAGUACUUAAAAUGCUAAUUAAAAUAAAUCAUGUUUGCAAAUGAGGAUUUCAAUCUUUUUCUUUUUUUUUUCUUUUGUGCUCAUUUUUGUCAACAUUUUAAAAUGAACACAUGUCAAUCUAAUUCCC